AUUGGAUCCCACCUUAACUCUGUGAAAGUGCUUGUGGCAAUGUCUGGAAGAGGAAAGGGCGGUGGGAAAGGUCGCGCCAAGGCGAAGUCUCGGUCGUCCCGAGCUGGCCUGCAGUUCCCGGUGGGCCGUGUUCACAGGCUCCUGAGAAAAGGCAACUAUGCUGAGCGUGUGGGUGCCGGAGCGCCGGUCUAUCUGGCUGCGGUGCUGGAGUAUCUGACGGCUGAAAUCCUGGAGCUGGCCGGCAACGCGGCCCGGGACAACAAGAAGACCCGCAUCAUCCCCAGGCACCUGCAGCUGGCCGUGCGCAACGACGAGGAGCUCAACAAGCUGCUGGGAGGGGUGACCAUCGCUCAGGGCGGAGUGCUGCCUAAUAUCCAGGCCGUGCUGCUGCCUAAGAAAUCGGCCGCUAAAGGACAUGUUGCAAUGCCUGUGAUAAUGUCUGGAAGAGGAAAGGGCGGUGGGAAAGGUCGCGCCAAGGCCAAGUCUCGAUCGUCCCGGGCUGGCCUGCAGUUCCCGGUGGGCCGUGUUCACAGGCUCCUGAGAAAGGGCAACUAUGCUGAGCGUGUGGGUGCCGGAGCGCCGGUCUAUCUGGCUGCGGUGCUGGAGUAUCUGACGGCUGAAAUCCUGGAGCUGGCCGGCAACGCGGCCCGGGACAACAAGAAGACCCGCAUCAUCCCCAGGCACCUGCAGCUGGCCGUGCGCAACGACGAGGAGCUCAACAAGCUGCUGGGAGGGGUGACCAUCGCUCAGGGCGGGGUGCUGCCUAAUAUCCAGGCCGUGCUGCUGCCUAAGAAAACCUCCGCUGCGGGAGCCGCUAAAAAGUGAAGAAACCAUUUUUGAAUCUGACAACACAAAGGCUCUUUUAAGAGCCACUCACAGCAUCUGUGAAAGGGGCUAAUCUUUCUGUCGGAUUGAUUAUUUUCCUUUUAAUGUGGAGAGCGCUCGCCUUUGUACCGGACAUUAAUAAAUUCCACGCUCCAUUUAAUUGGAUAUUGUUACUGUCUAUGGGAAAGUGAAGGGUACAGAUGCUGGUGUAGA